GGUCGCGUUACCGCGGCAUCUCGUCGGUUAUAGCGUGCAGUGUUUUGUUCCCAACAUUCUAGACGUCGUGUCUCACGAGUUUCGCCACCACUGUCGCUCUUUUCGUAGCUCCUCAGCGGACAAUCGUUGUGCAGGUUAUCGCCUCCGGUUAUCGUGCUAGGUAUAAUACGACAUAAUAUGUUAGCGAGGUCUCGGCCAGCGCUCAUUGAGUGACAUGUCGACGAGAGCAACACGCACUGCGCAUUCUACACGCCGUCGUCGUGGUCGUCCAUCGAAGAAGCAGCAGCAGUACUCUGUAUUACUGAACCUUGUAUCGCGAGAGAUCUCCGCUCAGCGUGCCGCACAGUUACUCAGGUGGUAACACAAUGUCGGUACAUUACAAAUUUAAAUCCACCUUAGACUACGAUACCGUGUCGUUUGAUGGACUGCAUAUUUCUGUGGCAGAUCUAAAGAAAGCAAUCUUUCACCAGAAACGUAUCGGCAAAAAUACAGACUUUGAUCUACAGAUCACUAAUGCACAAACUAAAGAAGAUUACACAGACGAUAAUGCAUUGAUUGCCAAGAAUACCAGCCUUAUAGUUGCCAGAGUUCCACUCACGGUGCAACAAAAGCGCUCAUGGGACCGAAAUGAAACCCCUCCAUUUAAUAAUUUAAAAGAUGAAGCCAACUUGGGCAGAGCUGUUGAUCUUACGAGACUGGACGGCUCUGAAGAGGAUAAGAUUCGCGCGAUGAUGACACAGUCGACUCAAGAUUACGAUCCAUCUAAUUACAUGAAAAUUCGUGGAGCAAAUCAGACCGGUGAUGUACCUGCCAAUUAUCGAUGUUACAAGUGCCAUCAGCCUGGCCAUUGGAUAAAAAACUGCCCAUUAGGAACAAAUCAAGAACCGAUCGAAAUUAAGAAGAGCACGGGUAUUCCUCGAAGUUUCAUGGUGCCAGUUGAAGGUCCUCUCGUUCCUGGCGCCAUGAUGACACCCACAGGACACUAUGCAGUUCCUGCUAUCGAUCAUCAAGCUUACAAGGAAGGCAAGAAGGAGCGACCACCGUUUUCGCAGGAUCCGGAACCCGUAGUGGAGAAGCCAGAGAUACCAGAGGAUUUGCUGUGCAAUAUCUGCAAGGAUCUUCUAACGGACGCAGUGAUGAUUCCGUGUUGCGGAAAUUCCUUUUGCGAUGAAUGUAUUCGCACAUUUUUAUUAGAGUCCGAGGAACACGAGUGUCCGGAUUGUAAUGAGAAAGACGUGUCGCCGGAGACUCUUAUUCCGAAUCGAUUUCUGCGUAACGCGGUUAUGAAUUUCAAAAAUGAAACUGGUUAUGCCAAAAGACAAACAUAUCGACCUGCUGUGCAAAGUGCUGGACAGCCGUCGGCUGCGCCGACGGAACAACCGAAAGUUGAAACACAACAAACUGCUAGUCAAAUAUCUCCUCAAAGUACGCAAUCGUCUUCCGUUCCUAGCGCAUCGUCUCAAGAACCUACCGAACCGCCACAACCCGCUAAUAUCGAAUCUAUCUCGCAACACGUCCCGGCGGCCGCCCCCAGCAGUUUGCAACCACAGACGCCGAGCACUGUGCCUGAACCCACCUCAGAGUCACACUUACAAAGUGAUUCGGUAACAAAACUAACAACUGAUGAAGAAACUGAGGUGCCUCCUCCUCCAGGGACAGAGCCUUUACUUCCAAUACCUGCUAUUGUAAGUUCGCCCGAGAGAGAGCAAGAACGUAGCCAGGAACCACCGUGUCGUGAGAAGAAGGAACGGGACAAUGACUACACAGGAGAACGACAAUCCAGAGAACGUCGACGAAGCUUCAGUAGAGACAGUCAUCGUGAAAGAAGCGGAGAGCGUGGCCGUAGAAUCGAGAACUUACGACCAUUGAAUCGCAGGCGAUCCCUGUCGCCCAGACAUUCCCAGCACAGCGAUUACCCAUCCUCGAGCGGAGUACCGCCUCACUUAAUGAACCCAACUCCUUCCAAAGGUUAUCAAGGACACUUAGGGGAUGAUGGACAUUACCCACCUGCUAUGCAUUAUGACAGCGGCAUACGAAGAUCCAAUGAGGAUCGCCCUGGUACUCCGACGGUUGACGAACCGCACCUGCACGUCCCUUCAUCCGGCAACCAGCCGCCAUUGUUACCAUUUCCACCGGGCGAGGAGCGUAUUCCACCACCGAAUUACAAUCAGCCGCCGCCAAACGUACCGCCACACAAUCCUCCGCUGUUGCCUGAUCCAUACAUGAGUCAUCGAAUACCGAUAUAUCCACAUCAACAAGGCUCACAUUAUGGACCACCAAGAUACGAUAGACCGCCUUAUCAACAGCAAGGUUACCGACCGUCUCAGCCGCCUCGAAAUUACAACGGGCCACCGAGACCACUUAGAGGAUUACAUCACAUGGGAUACAGAGGUCUUCAGCCACCUCCGCCAGGACUGGGUAGAAACAUACAUAAUGGAAAUCCUCCUGGUAUCAUCGAUGAUCCGUUGGAAGCGUUCGAGCGUAUGCUGCGAGAGAAAGAUGAAAGAGACAGACGUCUCGGCAAGCACAGACGAAGAAGUAGAACGCGAUCAAGAUCCCGCAGUUACAGUAGAUCCAGAUCACGCUCGUUUGGACGUAGAUCACCGUUUACUUCUCGCCUCAGUCGAUCUCGCAGUCCACCGUCAAAGCGUCGGUCGUCCAGAUCACCAUUACCGCUCAGACCUCGUAGUCGUACUCCAAAACGUAGAUCGAGAAGUGGCAGUUUCUCCAUCAGCAGAUCCAGAUCGUACUCCCGCAGUCAGUCGCCGAGACUAUCCCCGUCGAGAGACCGGGAUAGAGAAAGAGACAGGGAGCGGGAGAGAGAGAGGGAAAGAGAUCGCGAGCGUGAUCGUGAUCGCGACAGAGAUCGCGAACGAGAUCGAGAUCGUGAUUUAUUACCUCGAUAUCGGUCGCCAAUAAGAUCACCUCCGAGAUUCCAAAGGGAAAGGGAUCGCGAGAGAGAACGACCGAGAUCCCGCGAGCCCCGGGACGGAUACAAUACUUAUUACAGCGAUUCGCCGGCUCACGACUAUCAGUUCAGAGAUCGUGAACGCGAUUUACCACCUAGGGAGAGGCCAUUACCGAGAUAUCCCAUAAGGAACCAGUCGUCCCAACAUAACAUACCGCCGUUGAUGCCGCAUCUAGUCACUGGAGGUCAUCCACCACCGCCGCUUAUGUCAUUGGGACCUCCGCCUACGGACAGGAAAGACUAUUAUGAUUCUUACAACAGGUAUUCCGGCCCACCGCCACCUCAACGUUUCGGUAGUCCUCUGAGGGAUCCUCCGUCUCACAAGCGAUUCGACGACGUUGCUCCGCCUGGUACUGAGGGUUACUAUGAUCUUUCGCCACCGGGUGUCGAGCAUUCCGACAGGAUCCUGAGAGAUGAUCGUGAGCGACAGCGUUCACUUAGAGAACAGGAGGACCGCGAGCAUUCGUCGAAGGAUCGUGACAACGAGGAACGUGACAGAUUAUCUCUAAGAGAUGAUAGGGGUCGUGACCGUGAGGAUCGCAUACGUGAGAGAGAUGAGAGGGACCGUAGAAUCGUGACCAGAGAUCGCGAAGAACGCGACAGGCCAGUACUGCCGAGAGAUCACGAGGACAGGAUACGAGAGAAGGACGAGCGCGACAGGAGGGAAAAGGAGAAGGAACGAGACGAUCGGCACAUUCGUGAUCGUCGAGAUGAUGACAGACAUGUCGAGAAGAAGGACUACGAUAAAGAUCGUUACAGAGACGAUCGAGACCGGCAUAGACAAGAUGAUAAGGGUCGUCAGCGCGAGAAGGAGAGACGCGAGCGUGACUACGAGUCCGAGAAGGAUCGAGAUCGGCAUGAGCGUUACGAGAGACGCUCAGUGGAGAGAAAGAAGGGCAGCAGGAAGAGUCUAACCCCGUACUCACAAAAAUCCAGGGGCGAUGCCAAGGACCUGUCGCCGGAACGCGUGAAAAAGAAGGAGAAGGAUCACGAGGAAAAGGCGGAAGAGAAAAAGAAAGAGAAGAAAAUCAAGGAGAAGAAAAAGAAGAAGGAUAGCGACGAGAAGGAAAAGAAGAAGAAGAAGAAGAAAGAGAAAAAGUCUAGCCAGAAAGAGGCAGCGCCCAAAGACGACUCAAUCAAAGUGAUGGAAUCCGAGGAUACUUUAGUCGAGAUCAAAACGGCGGACGACACAUCCUCAUCGCCGCUCAAGGCCGACUCCACGAAAACAUGCAACGAGGAAGACAACAUCGAGAGCAGAAUAGAGUGUAUGCACAGCGAGACGUCGAUCGUGCCGUUGAUCAAGGAGGAGUUCGAAGACAAGUCAUUGGCGAUGAAUCCGGAACCGCCGGAAUUCCACGAAUCUAGCCCAGAUCGAAUCGAUCAUACGGAAUUUGGCACGAACCCGCCGAAUCCGAAUUUCAAGCCAAUCCCAGAGUUGAAAUCUGACAUGAAACCGAGUACGAUGGAUAGUCUUUAUGGCGGAUUGGACGACACAGAGAUCAAUACUGUGAUUACAGAGAAGUAUUCUCUGAUGUCAUCGUCGGAACAUACGAACGACGUGAAGGAAGCGGCGCCAGCGGAAAAGUCACCGAAGAAAGACGAAUUUCUGGCGCCCAUACCAGAACUGUCAAAAUGGGAGCGCGAUGAUACGAUUGAGAAGCCCGAAGAUGACGAGAAUGACAAUACGCAAGAUUCACCCACGGAGAAAGUGCAAACAGACGAACCGAAGUCAACGAAGAUGGUGACGUCUGAGGUGUUGAAGCGCGCGGAGAAUGCAAUAUUUCAGAAGGCGAUCAACGCGAUUAGACCGAUCGAGAUUAAGAAGAUCAGCGAGAGCAGGAAGAUACUGUAUCAAAAUCCCGAGCCCAAGGUGCUAGAAGUGGUGGACCCGGUAGUAGCCGGUAGUGGUAACCGAGAGCCGCGAAAAAGCGUCAAUGUUACGAUAAACGUUGGCAGGAACGAAAGGAAUGUUGAGAUAACCGAACCCGUGAAGAAGGCCAAACUCGAUCGUACAAAGUUCAAGCCUGUCCCGGAGACAUACUCGCCGACCAGAUUAUCCGCCAAGGAGCGACUUGGCGAGAAAGUCGAGGACAACAAGGAGAGGAAAAUCAGCCCGAUAAAGAGUUUCCUGGAGAGACGUGACUCAAAAAGUGACAAUCAAUCGAGAAGCCGAUCACCCAGACGAGAAAAGAGACUGCCGUCACCGAUGCUGGAACGACGCGUAGAAUCUUCAUCGCUGAGUUUGACGAGCGGCGAGCGAAAAGUGUUCUUAGAGGACAGGAAGCGAGACAAGGAUAGAGGUAGCGAUCGCUCUAAGGAUAGAUCGGACUUUCGUAGCGGCGACCGACAUGACUUGAGGUCUGAUCGGGAAAGUAGAAUCGAUUGCAGAACGGACUUUAGAUCGAGCAGAAGUGACAUGAAAGGAGACGGUCGCGCGGACAAGGAUCGUGAGAAGGACCGUGAUCGUGAACGUAGAGUCAGAACGCCUCCUGCUUCUAGUAGUGUGUUUAAGUCGCGCACGGCGGAUAUAUCGAAGAUAGGUCUGUUGAAAUCGAAGGACGACGAAGAGGAGAGAAGACGAGAUAAGAAGGUAUCGCGGGAGGAAAAGAAGCGGAAAAAGGAGCAUCGUAGCAGAAGCAAGUCUAAAGAGCAUAAGAAGCGCAAAGAAAAGAAACAUAAAAAGGACAAGGAGAAGAAUCAGGAGAAAAAGCAAAAACAUAAGGACAGCGGUGCAACGACGGCCACUCUGAAGGAGAAGCCGGACGGUAACGAGACCAAGCUCGCCGGUUACGAAACCACCGAACAGCCACUGGUGGAAUCGUCGAAGAAACAGCGGAAGAACCCGAGACUUGUAUCCGAUCGCAAGCGCAGCAUACUGGACGAGGCCAGCUUUGAACCAGAUUAUUCUGCCUCAGAUUCGGAAACUGAUGGCGAAGACAAGACGCUGCUACCGUCGAAGAAACUGAAACUAGAUGAUUCGGAAUUGGACAAGGAGAUAGAGAUGAAGUCAUUGAAGAAACGAUCCAAGUCGACCAGCAGCGAGGACACGUCCAGCAGUUCCGACAGCACGAGCUCCGACUCAGACAGCUCCGAUGAAUCGCACAAAAAGAAGAGGAAGAAGCAUAAGAAGCAUAAAAAGAAGAAGUCCACAAAGAAAGACAGCAGCUCGGAUUCGGACACUUACUCAGACUCAUCUGACAGCAGCACUGACGAGGAGAGACACAAGAAAAAGUCAAAGAAGUCGAAAAGCAGAAGCAAGCAGUCGAAGAAGAAGAAAAAGUCCAAGCAUAAAUGACAUCAUUAGAUAUGCUUGAUGUUCAGUCGAAAAACUAUACCGGACGAAAGAAAAAAAAAAGCAGCAGGACACUUUUCUUCAAACGCUUUCGGAUAUUAACGGAAAUCUCUCACGAUUAUCCAUCAUUUUUUCAGACAAGUCCGUUUGACAAUGAUGCAUUACUCCGUGCAUGUCUUUCAAACGGAUUAUUUUGUACUCCUGACGUUUCUUGCUACAGUUCAAAGCUUUUAUGAACAGAAAGUUGUAUUUAACAGUAGAUUAUUUAUUGGUGCGGAAAAAGAAGCUUAAACGGCUUCUGAAUUUCCCGCAUGCGAGACAAAUUAACGGACCGAAGAACAGUAAAAAAAACGAAAAAAGGAGUAUAAUAUUGUAGCCAACACUGUUACAUUUUAACUUACAAAGAAAAAAAAUAUUGUAUGGCCUUUGCAUAAUUACCACGUUCCAAUAUAUUAUGUGUGAGUUGAGUAUAUAUAUAUAUAUAUAUAUAUAUAUGUGUGUGUGUGUGUAUAUAUAUAUAUAUAUUCACACACACGUUAAAACACAUGCAAGUUCAUUACGGUAAAACAAUGUACAUUAUAACCGUCAAAAGAUAAUAAGCGUGUCUAUGAGGAAUAUAUUAUACGAUGAGUCGAGAGCAAUUGUAUUUAGGAUGUUCACUAUCUCAACGUUAUAUUGUACUUUCAUAAUGUAAUAUCAUUCUGUAAGAGAUAAGUCACAAAAAUAAAAUGGCAAAAUUCUUUUAACGCGUCUUUAUAUUUUAUCAGAGUAUGCAUCGAUAUUAUACACACGCGUGCACAGAAAAAAAAAUAUAUACGUAUGGCAUCUUAGAUAUACAUAUGUUAUUUUGCAAUCGAGUCUUCAAUGUGUUGCAUUUUUCUUUUAUUUUGAUGUGAUAAGAACAAUGGUCUAUAUGUUUUAGUUUGUGUGCUCAAAAGGCUCUUAUAUUUGUAUAUAAAGAGGCAUAUCCAAGUAAUUAGUAUGUAAUAUAUACAUGAGAGAAAUAAAUAACAUUUAAAAAUUA